AGUAGCAUCGCUGGCCGUCGCGCGCUUCCCGCUGCCGCACUGACACGUCACGAAGGUCAGGCGAGAGCGAAUAGAAAAAUGGCGACCACCUACAAUACCUUCAAUCUACACACAACCCCUGAGAAGUUCUACGUUGAAGCCUGUGACGAUGGUGUCGCUGAUGUUCUGGCCAUCGACAGGGUGUCCACGGAAAUGACCCUGACAGUGAGGAAGGAUGUCCCUCCGUCAGCCGUCACUCGACCGAUCUGUGGCAUCAUGGGAACCAUACGACUGGUGGCAGGCGUGUAUCUGAUCGUCAUCACAAAGAAGAAGAAAGUGGGAGAUCUGCUCGGUCGUGCGGUCUGGAAAGCUGUCGACUUUGACAUCAUCUCAUACAAGAAGACCGUUUUACAUCUCACUGAUAACCAGAUGCAGGACAACAAGGCCUUUCUGACCAUGAUCAACAACGUCUUGAACACAGACGGUUUCUACUUCACCACAGACUACGACCUGACGCACACACUACAGCGUCUGUCCAACACCAGCCCGGAGUUUCAGGAGAUGAGCUUACUGGAGCGGGCAGAUCAGAGGUUUGUGUGGAACGGUCAUCUGCUGAGAGAAUUUACAGCUCAGCCAGAGCUGCACAAGUUUGUCUUUCCUGUUAUUCAAGGCUAUAUCACCAUGAGGUCCUGCUGCAUCAACGGCAAAGUCUUUGAUUGGUGCAUCAUUUCCAGACGGAGCUGCUUCCGCGCUGGCGUUCGAUACUACGUACGAGGUAUUGAUUCUGAAGGUCAUGCGGCCAAUUUUGUGGAGACGGAGCAGAUUGUGCAGUAUAACGGAGCUAAAGCUUCAUUUAUACAGACUCGAGGGUCUAUACCGUUCUACUGGUCUCAGAGACCCAACCUCAAAUACAAGCCCCGCCCACAGAUCAGCAAAAACGUCAAUCAUCUGGACGGAUUCCAGAGACACUUCGACUCGCAGAUCAUAACAUACGGCAAACAAGUCAUUCUCAACCUGAUCAAUCAGAAGGGCUCCGAGAAACCUCUAGAGCUGGCCUUCUCAAAGAUGGUGAACGGUCUGGGUAACGGUAUGAUCAGGUAUGUAGCAUUUGACUUCCAUAAGGAGUGCAGUCGCAUGAGGUGGCAUCGCCUGCAGGUCCUGGUGGACACGGUGGCUGAGAUGCAGGAUGAGUUCGGCUACUUUCUGGUGGAUUCUGAUGGAACAGUCCAGGUGCAACAGGACGGGACGUUCAGAAGCAACUGCAUGGACUGUCUGGAUCGUACCAACGUCAUUCAGAGUCUUCUGGCCCGCAGGUCUCUGCAGUCGCAGUUAGUGCGGAUGGGAGUUCUUCAUGUAGGCCAGCAGAUUGAAGAACAGGCAGAUUUCGAGAAAAUGUACAAGAAUGCGUGGGCAGACAAUGCUAAUGCGUGUGCUAAACAGUACGCGGGCACAGGAGCACUGAAGACGGACUUCACACGGACAGGGAAGAGAACUCAUUGGGGUCUGUUAAUGGAUGGCUGGAACUCGAUGAUCAGAUACUACAAGAACAAUUUCUCAGAUGGAUUCAGACAGGACUCCAUCGAUCUGUUCCUUGGGAAUUACGCCGUGGAAGAAGCAGAUAUGAACACACCUCUACAUGAACCCAAAGACUGGAAGUUCCUCACGCUGCCCAUCAUUAUGGUCGUGGCGUUCUCGAUGUGCAUCAUCUGUCUGCUCAUGGCCGGUGACACGUGGACGGAGACUUUGGCCUACGUGCUGUUCUGGGGCUCUGCAAGCAUCGUCACGGGUGGCGUCAUUCUCUUCAACGGACGGGACUUUGUUGACGCUCCCAAACUAGUGCAGAAAGAGAAGAUGGACUGAAUGUGUGUGUGUGGAAAGCAGCUCGGACCCUCGGAGUCUUCAUCAUCCUCCUCAUCCUCCUCAUCCUCACUGCUGUCUCACUCUCAGCUUCAUCGGCCCUGGAGUCUGUACUGACGGUAAAGGAGGAGGAGAGGUGAAGGGCGAGGGCGGGGCGGGGCGAGACGGACGCCUGCUGCUCUCCACACGGUUGACGUUUCAUAGAGGACCAGCUCCUCUGUGCAUCACAGUGUCCCACAGCGCCAGCAGCCAAUGAGAAGCUUCACUCGAGCACCUUAAGACCAUCAUGCAUUUCAUGUGCGGACUCUAAACUCAUCCGGACGGUUUCCAUGAGGUUUUUUCGGCCCCAGAUCUUGUGGUCAACACGUUCCGACGGUGUCGCACAAACCUGCUGAUGUUCUGUCGCUCUUCUGUACAUCGCCUGCUUUUAUGAACUGUCUUGGGUUCCGCUAAACAUCCUGAAAUUCAGUUGUUUGCAGAAUCUUGUAGGGGAAUGUCUUGAAUUAUUUGCCUUUCUUAUCCUAAACUUUUCACGAGAGUGUGUAGAAGUGAAUGAAGAAUUUACUGUUGACCACAGAACCGUAUUUACUGUCAGAAGGACACGAACAGACCCGAUGGAUUGCUUUUUGUAAUGAAAGGACUGCUGGAGUGUUUUGCUCUGAAUGUUAAACGGCUCGAGGAAAUGAACUGAUUCUUCUUCACGGUUUAAUCCAGAUUGAUUUAUAUGAGUCUUAACUUGUUAUGGGACCAAAGGAGAAAGUGUGUGUGCGGAUGGAGACCAGGGAGUUUAGUGCAUGUAGAGGAACAGUCCGUCACUUCACCACGUGCCACAUCAUGCGUUUCAUCUCGCUCUGUUAUUCCCGGUUUCAUACUUUUACUCUUUCUGACGUGAUCCACAGACUUCAUGUGAAUGUUGCCUUGAGUUUGAUCUGAGCAGACGAUGUCCAGCGCCUGCUUGUGUCCGAAUGUAACGUGUAUUAUUGAUAUUAAACCUGUUAUGGUGAUACUGUCA